GUAUCUCUUUAUAUGGGGGGAAGGGUCGGGGGAUCCCUCCGCCGCCAGCGCGUGGUCCCGGCCCCCUCCACCCGCCGUCUCGGCCGCGGCCAGCAGCCCCUGCCCCCCGGGGGACGCUGACGGCCGCCGGGCGCGCCGCCCGAGCAGACGGACAGGGGGCGCUGCGCCCGGCCUGGGGCAACCCGGGCCACAGGGGCAGGAAAGUGAGGGCCCAGGUCGGCCCGGGCGUGCAGGGGCCCCGGGUUCGCAGCGGCGGCCGCGGCCGCGGUAACCACACCGGCAGCAGCCGCAGCAGCAGCGCGAGGGCCGGGUUGAGCCGAGGAGCCGAUGGCGGCGGCGGCGGCGGCGGCGGCUCCGGUUCCUCGCUGACUGUCCGUCCGCCCUCCUGCAUUGAGCGCCAUGUUACCGAGCCAAGCUGGGGCCGCGGCGGCUCUGGGCCGGGGCUCGGCCCUCGGGGGCAGCCUGAACCGGACCCCGACGGGGCGGCCGGGCGGUGGCGGCGGCGGGACUCGCGGAGCUAACGGGGGCCGGGUCCCCGGGAACGGCGCCGGGCUUGCACCGGGCCGUCUGGAGCGAGAGGCGGCGGCGGCGGCGGCGCCCACCCCGGCGCCCACCGCGGGGAUCCUGUACAGCGGCAGCGAGGGCGACUCCGAGUCGGGCGAGGAGGAGGAGCUGGGCGCCGAGCGGCGCGGCCUGAAGCGGAGCCUGAGCGAGAUGGAGCUCGGCGUGGUGGUCGGCGGGCCCGAGGCGUCGGCGGCCGCCGCGGGGGGCUUCGGGCCGGUGAGCGGCGCGGUGAGCGGGGCCAAGCCCGGGAAGAAGACCCGGGGCCGCGUGAAGAUCAAGAUGGAGUUCAUCGACAACAAGCUGCGGCGCUACACGACCUUCAGCAAGAGGAAGACGGGCAUCAUGAAGAAGGCCUAUGAACUGUCCACGCUGACAGGGACACAGGUGCUGUUGCUGGUGGCCAGUGAGACAGGCCAUGUGUAUACCUUUGCCACCCGCAAACUGCAGCCCAUGAUCACCAGUGAGACCGGCAAGGCCCUGAUUCAGACCUGCCUCAACUCGCCAGACUCUCCACCCCGCUCAGACCCCACCACAGACCAGAGAAUGAGUGCCACUGGUUUUGAAGAGACAGAUCUCACCUACCAGGUGUCGGAGUCUGACAGCAGUGGGGAGACCAAGGACACACUGAAGCCCGCGUUCACAGUCACCAACCUGCCGGGUACCACCUCUACCAUCCAAACGGCCCCUAGCACCUCCACCACCAUGCAAGUCAGCAGUGGUCCCUCUUUCCCCAUCACCAACUACCUGGCACCAGUGUCUGCUAGUGUCAGCCCCAGCGCUGUCAGUAGUGCCAACGGAACUGUGCUGAAGAGUACAGGCAGUGGUCCUGUCUCCUCCGGGGGCCUUAUGCAGCUGCCUACCAGUUUCACCCUCAUGCCUGGUGGGGCGGUGGCCCAGCAGGUCCCCGUGCAGGCCAUUCAGGUGCACCAGGCGCCACAGCAAGCGUCUCCCUCUCGAGACAGCAGCACAGACCUCACGCAGACCUCCUCCAGCGGGACAGUGACGUUGCCUGCCACCAUCAUGACGUCAUCCGUGCCCACGACGGUGGGCGGUCACAUGAUGUACCCUAGCCCCCACGCGGUGAUGUACGCCCCCACGUCGGGCCUGGCAGAUGGCAGCCUCACCGUGCUCAACGCCUUCUCUCAGGCACCCUCCACCAUGCAGGUGUCCCACGGCCAGGUCCAGGAGCAAGGUGGCGUCCCCCAGGUGUUCCUGACCGCCCCGUCUGGCACAGUACAGAUUCCUGUCUCUGCAGUCCAGCUCCACCAGAUGGCCGUGAUAGGGCAGCAGAGCGGCAGCAGCAGCAACCUCACCGAGCUACAGGUGGUGAACCUGGACGCCGCCCACAGCACCAAGAGUGAAUGAUCCGUCCGCCACCCUGGACCGAUGACCCAAGGGAUGGCACCACUUAUUUAUUGUUGCCUUUUCACGUUUUCUUUACACACAUGUUGACGGGCCACAGGAGGGAGGCGGGGAGAAGGAGUGGGCAGCCACAGGACUAUGCCCGCUCACUCCAGCCAAAGAAAUGGGCCUGCCUGCCCUCCCUCCCCGCCCUCCCUCCCUCUCCCCUCCUUCCUGCUCUGCCUCCCAUUUCUCUUGAUGGUGGGCCUCUCCUCCCACUCCCCCCCCCCCCUUCAGACUCCCUAUGCCAGCUCGGCUCGAUGUUUGCCAUGAGUAUUAACUUAUCCAACAGGACGGUGCCCGCUUCCCACUCGCAGACCUUCUGUGGGACUGGGCAUGGAGUCCUCCCCUGAGGGAGUAGUUAGGGCCCUCUGUCCAGCCUCCUUGCUGAUCCUCGGUCAGUACUGUCUGCCACGGGCUUGGUCAAAAGAGCUCGGCCCUUGCCCCUCAGGGAGCCAGCUGGGGAGAUGGGGGGGGUCUCUUCCCUCAUGCCACCUCCCUCUGCCCCUUCAGCUCCUGAGAAGCUGGGCCUGCGCGCUGGGCAGGUUCCUGGGGCCGCCUGCCCUGCUCUGCCACUUCCCCGGACCUCCAGGGGCUCUGGGGCCGGAGGGAACCACCAGCGUUCCCUUCCCCCCCUCGUCUUCCCCCCCCCCCCAGCUGCUUUAAAGUUGAUUUUGAACUUUUUAUUUGAGGAGACGAAGUGAAAACAAAUCUAUAAAUAUAUAUUUUUAAAAUA